GACGCUGCUGAAAGUCACCCAUCCUCUGCAGGCAAUCACUACAUGAGUGCAGUGUUGUCCAAAGGAAGUCCCAAGAAGAACCCUAAGCCAGCUCUUUGUUGCAAACGUUUAUGAGGAGAGGAUCAUAACAUAUCUCAACAUAUUAUAUUUCAGCAUAUCAGAGUUGUGUCUGGAUUGUUGUAUGCCUGUUCUCAUCCCUCAAGAGACUUCUUCUGUCCCUUUGUCUCAUUUGUCUCUUCUUCCAUCUCGCACUACCACGAUGAAGUAUUACUAUCCAGACUCACAUCCCAGGUAUAGGCGAUAUGCAAGAAGCUUGAAGACUGUGCGUUUCCCCAAUGAUGUUCUCUUCCAGGACCACAUUCGCCAGGGUGAUCUGGAGCAGGUGGGCCGUUUCAUCCGGGCUAGGAAGGUCACACUGGACACCAUCUAUCCCUCUGGUAUGGCUGCUCUCCAUGAAGCUGUGCUUUCUGGAAACCUUGACUGUGUGAAGCUGUUGGUGAAAUAUGGUGCUGACAUCAAUCAGAAAGACGAGGACGGCUGGACGCCCCUGCACAUAGCUUGCAGCGAUGGUCAUGCUGACAUUGCAAGGUAUCUCAUCUCUCUUGGGGCACAACGUGAUGCCACCAAUGAUGAAGGGGAGAAGCCAUCUGACCUUAUUGACCCUGAGUACAAGGACCUUGUAGAGCUCUUCAAAGCAGCCCGAGUCAACUAAGCUUCUACCCACCCCCAGGUCUUUCCCAUCUGGGAUUUUAGUCUCCAUGGCAGCCAGCCAGGUCUGUUGCAUGCAGGAAAGAGGCUAGUAAAGUUGCCCAUACUAGGUUGGCAAGGGAGUGAUGAGCUCCCAAAAGAGACCACAGUUGGCUGUAAUGUGUACGUAUGAGACUGGCUACUCCAGGUUUUCUUGGAGAGCUAUGCUUGGGAUAGCCUCUUCAAAAAGUGAUGUAACCUUCUCUACUAUGUCUCAGUAUCUGGUGGGGUCAGGCUUUAGCUAAAAUGGAUACAAUGGCUGGGACAUACUGAUUGUACUGUAUAGGAGGUUCACAGAGAUGAUUAUGAGCUAAACGAGUGGGUACCAAUUUGUGCAAGCAUUGAUCUUUCCAGUUCACCACUGAAAAUGACUGUGACAAUAACGUGUGUAAUUUCAGUAUCAUUCAAGCUAUUUUCCUGAAGACUUCUUACAAAAUUAUCCUAAGGAAAAACUAUCUCCAAGUUCAAUCUGGCAUCUACUGUACAUAUGGACUAUCCUAACAAUCUUGUGUAUAAAGUCUUAUUUUCCAUGUUUGCUUGUCCCAGAUUUGCUUUUCUAUUGUACUUUUUUAUGUGGUUCUGAACAGCUUUUUAUUUUUUCAAUAAAGUAAUUCCCAAA